AUGGAUGAACAAAGAAGUGUUGAGGACACUCCAGCUUCUCAGAGGCUCACGAAUGACGAUUUUAGGAAACUUCUUAUGACGCCAAGGUCCACUCCAGCGGGAUCACAUCCUGUUGGUUCUGUUCGUGAGGCUAUGGCAAACGCAGGGGCAAUGCCACCACCAACAGAGAACAAAAGUGAACUGCGUCGCAAAAAGAAAUCAUAUUAUGCAGCAUUGAAAAAACAAGAAGACAAUAAAUUGGCUGAACUUGCUGAGAAAUAUCGAGAUAGAGCUCGUGAAAGAAGGGAAGGGGUUCAGGAUGUAAAUCCCUUGGAUCCCAUGAGUAACACAACUAGUGCCUACAGGGCUGUAGCACCAGAUGCAAAAUCUGGAAUGGAUGCAAAAGAGCGAAGACGUCAGAUGAUUCAGGAAUCCAAAUAUCUUGGUGGUGACAUUAAUCAUACUCACUUGGUAAAAGGUCUUGAUUAUGCCUUAUUACAAAAGGUUCGUUCAGAAAUACAGACACAUGAGCAAGAUGAAGAAGCAGAAAUGGAGAGGCUUGUGUCUGCUCCGAUUGAGGUUGUUACAGAGAAGAAGGAAACGCCUGCUGAAGAAGAAAUGCAAUUUGAAACAACUGUAGGAAAAAAUAUUUACAACAUGAUUAUGGAGCUAAAAAAUAAGAAGAUAUCAAGGAAUGAACUAUUUGCUCCCGGCCGUAUGGCAUAUGUUGUGGAAUUAGAGGAUGAAGGGACAAUAGACAGUGAUAUCCCAACGACACUAACGAGGAGUAAAGCUGAUGUUCCAGAAUUGGAUGAAAGAAGCUCUUCAUCAGCAGCCAAUGAAGUGGUUAUAGAGAAAUUGACGCAGAUAUUCUCAUAUUUGAGGCAUGGAAGGCAUAGGAAGCAGAAAAAGAAGGAAAAAGGUCGUAACGACGAUUCGAUAUACGGCGAUAUUGGUGAUUACGUGGGUGGGGACAGACGAACAGAAAAACACGAUGACCGCCCACGGACGGGAUACUUCGAUAAACCAGUAGAGACCGAGAAAGAGACGGGUCCAGGUCAAUUAGCCCGGCGUGCCCCAGAAGACAAGGACAAACGAUCGGCUGCGCUGCUCUCGCGCCUUGCAGCAGAACCCGAAGGAUAUGCCGAGUGUUAUCCCGGUCUCAGGGAGAUGGAUGACGCCAUUGACGACUCUGAUGAUGAGGUGGAUUACUCCAAGAUGGAUGCUGGAAAUAAGAAAGGACCUAUUGGUCGCUGGGACUUCGAUACCCAAGAAGAGUACUCAGCGUACAUGAGUAGCAAAGAGGCGCUACCAAAAGCUGCUUUCCAAUACGGAGUGAAGACACAAGACGGAAGAAAGACAAGGAAGACGAAAGAUAAGAGUGAGAAGGCAGAACUGGAUAGGGAAUGGCAGCAGAUUCAAAAUAUUAUACAAAAACGCAAAGCACCACAAUUAUCUUCAGACGAGCCAAACUUUAAGACACCGAAAUAUUAA